AUGCCAGUUGGUGAAGCUUUUCUACGAGCAUUCGGGAACAUCAGGGCUCGAUUAGAGGACCAUAAACGCGUGUACUUCGAUGUUCAGUGUUCCUCCGCCGGCGAGUCUCCCUCUAUGAAUAAAUCAAGAUGGCGCCCAUGGGGCUCAAGCACGACUGUGGAGCGAUUGAACAGUACGUUACAAGAUGGUCCAGAAACAGCAACUGACGAACAAUGUGAUGCCGGAGAAGUGUGUAGCAUCAAAGAUAGCCCUUUCAGAAUACUCAAAGUUGCUGCGGCAGGAAAUCUACAAGAACUUCAAAAGAUUCACAAACUGAACCCAGAAAGAAUAAGUUUACAAGAUAGUAAAGGUGCCCAGGCGUUGCACUAUGCUGCAGGCAACAAUAAAAUUAACAUCAUUGAAUUUAUACUGGAACAUGGCGGAGUGUUGUUGUUGUUUGGUGAUAAACGAGAUACGUAUGGUGAUUUACCGAAGGCAACAGAUAUGGUUGAAUUUAAACCCAAACUGUGCGCGAAAGAUUGCAAUGGUGUAUACCCAAUCCACGCUGCUGCUACGCAUGCGUCAGCUAAUGUACUGAAGUUACUUCUUGACGAAGUUGAAAAGUUGGGAUAUACUAGGGAUGCAGUAUUGAAUUUUGUGGACAAAGAAAGAAACUCGCCCAUGCAUUCUGCCGUCAAUGGGGGAGAUACAAAAGCCGUUAAGCUUUGUCUUGAGAGUGGCGCGAGACUAGACGUACAACAGAGCGAUAAAUCAACACCGGUGCAUCUAGCUUGCUCUCAAGGCGCUAUAGAAAUGAUUAAAGUGAUGUUUUCGCUGCAAGACAAGACCAGGCAGACGCUGCGAGUUACUGAUAUUGAACAUAUGACCCCUAUUCACAAAGCUGCAAUGUUUGAUCACCCCAAAGUCGUGGAGUAUCUGAUUUCAGAGGGCUCUGAGAUUGAUCCUUUCGAUAAGCAUUUACGUACUCCGUUGCUAUUGGCUACAUCGAAGGGUGGAUGGAGAACAGUUAAAGUUCUGUUAGAAAAUGGAGCUGAUUUCAAAUUGAAGGAUAAAAUGAAGAGAAAUAUCCUCCAUCUUGCUAUUAUCAAUGGUGGAAGUCUUGCUCACUUCGAUGAACAACUAUUCCAGGUAAAAUAUAUACGUCAUACUGAUUCGGAUGCUGUGGCGCUGUUAAAUGAAAAGGAUCUAUGUGGUUGUACACCGAUGCAUUAUGCGUCGAGAACAGGAAAUAUCAAAUCACUACAAGGUCUUCUAGAACUCGGUGCAUUGGUAAACGCCAAAGAUGAUAAAAAGCAGUCCCCCAUGCACUUUGCUGCUAGAUAUGGUCGAUAUCAUACAAUUCGUCGUCUAUUGGAUAGUAGAAUGGGACCACAUAUCAUCAAUGACACAGAUGGAAAGGGGAUGACUGCAUUGCAUUUAGCAUCGUACAAUGGCCAUGCUAAAGUAGUCCAGUUGUUAAUGGCAAGAGGCGCAUUGUUACAUAGAGACCACAAAGGUAACACACCGUUGCAUCUGGCAGCUAUGUCUGGAUAUACAGACACAAUGAAAGUGCUAUUGGGAACGCAUGCGCACUUGAUCGACCAGGUUGAAGACGAUGGGAACACUGCUCUUCAUUUGGCUGCAAGAGAAGCUAAUGCGAAUGCAGUAUCAUACUUGCUGAGUGAAGAUGCACACUUGCUUGUCAACAAACGAGGUUGGAGCAGCCUCGAUUUCGCCAUACAGAUGAAAAACAAGGAUGUUGCGUUAGCAUUCGUCAUGCACGACAGAUGGAAAGAAGCAAUGUUGAUGAUUUCCACCGAGCUAGGCGCCCCUAUGCUUGGACUGAUUGAACACCUACCGGAAGUCUGUAUUGCAGUUCUAGAUCGAUGCCUAGAGACUGCAGACGUGGAUAUCAAAAGCUGCUAUUACUGGAUCAAGUAUGAUUUCAGGUUUCUACAGGCACCAAUUGGUGUUAAACAAAAGGAUGGAACAACUAUACAACCACUGAUCGCAUUAAAUUUGAUGGUUAUUUUCAGAUUUGAUAUUUUUGGUAUCUAUGUGGUAAUGUUUUUGGAGAUUUUAAAGACGUUGGUUCAAGUGUUGCUGACUUUCUCAAUAGUCAUAAUCGCAUUCGGAUUGUCAUUUUAUAUCCUAAUGUCUCAAGAGGAAAAUCAAGCCAACAGUACGCCGUGGUUUUCAAUCUACCGAAUGGUUAUCAUGAUGCUUGGUGAAAUUGAUUACAUUGCCUCAUUCGUCACUCCAGCUACAGAUGGCGAACCCAAACCAUGCAUUAUCAAGGUCUUCACCUUUGUUAUGUUGUUUGUCUUCGUUCUUCUGAUGCCAAUUCUCCUGAUGAACCUACUGAUUGGUUUGGCCGUUGGUGAUAUUGCCGGAGUUCAACGAAACGCACAGUUAAAACGAUUGGCAAUGCAGGUGGAACUUCACACUGAACUGGAACAGAAGUUGCCAAUGGUAAUCAUUAAGCGAUUUGAUCGAGACACCAUGUCUGUGUCUCCUAAUUGUCCCAAAAUAUGGAAAGCAAUUCGAGCCACGGCUGGUAUGGACACUGAAGAUAAUAUGGAGCGUAAUUCGGUUGACCCUGUAUAUCAGGGUGUCCAAGUGGAACUGGUGAAACAAAAACGAAAGAUGAAAGAAAUAUCGAACCAGCUUGACAAGCAGUACGAGAUGCUCAGACUGAUAGUACAAAAAAUGGACAUAAGGAACGAAGAUGACGAACAAGACGAGGGUGACGUGGCGUAUAACUGUGACCUGAUUCCGACGACAUUCCACUGCAGGUCGGGAAUGUCAGGUGUCGUACAGCGAGCAAUGGGCAUGUCAGCUGCUAAGAAAAAGUUGCAGAAGCAAGUGUUGGUGAUCAGAAAACAACACAAAAACCAUACUUCUGAGAUGUGA